AUGAAGCCAUUUUGGGGGCUUUAUCUGAUCCCGGUUCUGAGUGCGAUUGCACUAUCCCUGACAGACAAGACGCCAACCUCGGCAUUGCUCUCGUCAGGUACCGUCAAGCUGGGAUUGUAUGGAACUGCCUACGAGAAAGCCAAAUCACUUGUUUCAUCCCUCAACAACACCGAGAAAGUUACGAUCAUCACGGGAGGCUCAAUUGAUGGAGUGUGGACAGCACUCGAAGGUAAAGAUGGAGUCAACGGUGUGGAUCUUAACUACUUUGUCUCCGGUUUCCCUGGUGCCAAUGCCUUGUCGAUGACCUGGGAUCGUAAUCUUGCAUAUGAACAAUUCUUGGCCACCGGCAAAGAAUUCUAUGGCAUGGGGUAUAACUUGGUCUACGGGCCGGAGUGUGGUCCAUUAGGUCGCAGCCCUUGGGGUGGUCGUCAGGCCGAGGCAUUUUCUCCCGAUCCUUAUCUGAGUGGCAUUUUCAUGGAAAAAUCCAUAUCUGGUCAAAAUGCAGCCGGGGUGAUCGCCACUGGCCGCCACUACCUCCUGUACGAGCAGGAGACAAAUCGAUCCAGAACCCUCAGUCCUGGGGCUACUCAAGCGUACUCCUCCAACGCUGAUGACAAAACAAUACAUGAGGUGUAUCUUUGGCCGUUUGCAGAUGCAAUAAAGGCUGGCAUGGGCGCUGUGAUGUGCGCGAUGAACAGAAUCAACGGCACGCUAUCUUGCGAGAACGAAGUCGCCCUCAGCAAACUCCUUAAGUCCGAACUAGGUUUCCCUGGAGUUGUUGUUCCUGAUGUUGGCUCUCAAGAGACUUCUUUCAAUUCGGCCAAUGCUGGAUUGGACUUUGGGUCUAGUUCACUUUGGUCCGAGAGCAUCAUCACAGCUGGUAUCCGGAACGGGUCGUUAACACAGGCGAGAUUGGACGACAUGGCGAUCCGCAAUGUUAUUGGCUAUUUUUACGUUGGGCUUGACAACAGGAAGCAGCCUUCUGUGGCGGAUUCCACAGAGUACCGCGAUGUGCGCGGUAAUCAUUCCUCCCUGAUCCGUCAGAUUGCCGCUGAGUCGUUGGUGCUACUCAAAAACAACAUAUCUGGUGGUCGCGGUCUUCCAUUGAAUAGACCACACACUCUGGCUGCCUUUGGUGCACAUGCUGGUCCUACGAUAGCCGGCCCGAACCACGCCUUUACUAUUACUGGCUCCGGUAGCGAUACGUAUCAAGGUCAUCUGGUAUCUCCCUCGGGCUCCGGUUCUGGGUCCUUUGCUUAUGUUGUUGACCCCCACAUGGCUCUUACCUCUCGUCAAGUCGAAAAUGGCGGCAUGUUUUGGUGGCUCAUGAAUGAUACCUAUGCUUUAACAAGCAACAGCAACACAGCAGGUGCAGUCGGUGGUGGUGGUGAGGGGACAUCCAUGUCGUACUCCUACUCUAACUACGCACAGAAUGCUGAAGUCUGUCUCGUCUUUUUGAACACCUACUCGGGUGAAGGUGCGGAUCGCGGUGAGCUAUCAAACACAGACCAGGACUCAAUGGUGAAGCGCGUGGCGGCACAGUGCAAGAAUACCAUUGUUGUCAUCAACACUGUUGGCCCGCGUCCUGUGGAAUCUUGGAUAGACCAUGAGAACGUGACUGCUGUCCUCUACGGUGGCAUGCUUGGCCAGGAGUCUGGUCACUCAAUUGUCGAUGUUCUCUAUGGUGAUGUAAACCCCAGUGGUAAACUAGUUCACACCAUCGGUCGUAAUGCCAGUGAUUAUCCUGCCUCCGUAUGCUAUGCAGCCGACUGCAGUUUUUCCGAGGGAGCUUAUAUCGACUACAGGUGGUUUGAUAACAAGAAUGUCACUGCACGUUAUGAGUUUGGCCACGGUCUUUCGUAUACCACAUUCAAAUUUGGCACCGUGACCGCUGAAGUGACUAACCCCUCAGCCUUGGCCUCCCGCUACCCAACCGGUAGUCUCGGCCUCGGCGGCCACCAAGACUUGUGGGAAGAAGUUAUCCAGAUAACAACUGAAAUUCAGAAUACAGGUAGCGUCGCUGGGGCUGAGGUUGCUCAACUUUAUCUCAGCUUCCCCGCCGAAGCAGCGCAACCAAAGCGUGUACUACGGGGCUUUGAGAAGGUCAAUAUCUCUCCUGGCGCUUCUACCAGUGUCACCAUGAGCAUCCGUAGGAGGGAUAUCAGCUACUGGGAUACCAUGGGUCAGAAGUGGGCGAUUGCGAAAGGCCGAUACCUGUUCUCUGUUGGAUCCAGCUCAGAGAAAAUUACGGGCACUGUGAUUCUGAAUAUCUAA